AUGACUGCAUUCUAUCUAAGCACCGAUAAAAAUGUGAAAGACGCAGUGAAAGCAUAUUUACCACCAACCAAGGAGAUGGCUAAAACAUGCAGGAUAAACAUAGCGACAGCAUCGAGGCAGGAAAUGGAGUUUCUCCGCUCUGUGAGGGCACAUUACGACAUCUGCUACAUGUGUGAUGAUUUCGAAGAAAACUGCACCACCGUUGGAAUAUGUCCAAAAUCGUCAUCUUGCUACCGCGGAGAAAGCCACGACAUAAGGUUAUGGCCAACGUUAACUGGUGAGGCGAGGCUCCUCCAUCCUCCUGCUGUGACACACGGUUGUUGCGAUACGUCCAAGUCACACUGUAGAUCGGGGACGCAUUUAGUGUACGAUCCCAACAACUCGAAACUCAAACGUGCCAACUACACAAUGAGUGUGUGCUCUGACUCGUAUCCAGUCCCGUGUAACUCAGAUCACACAUCUGCGCAAAGCAACUUCUCUCGGCUGCUGGCUACACAUUUCUUUAAUGAAACUGAGUAA